CCUGUCACGCUGAGAAGUUCGCAAAUAGGUAUAUUUUAUAGUUUGACUGUAGAAAAGUCGAUAUUUUCAUAACUGAGCCUUAUCUCAGUAAAUGUUUUGCGGUGAGGACUGAGCUAAACUGAGCUAAUUAGUCAAUUGGUCACUCGCGUAAAAUGUGGAUAUCCGUUAAAAUUUGAAUUGUUUUUUUUUUCGUCUGUCAGCGAAAGCCUCAGAAAUUCAUUGCACAUACUCCGUUUUCUUGCUUUGUCUAAAGGAGUGGGAGCACCAUGCCGAUAAUAUCAAUUCUAAAGGUUGAGAACCCCUCCUGCCUCUGGGGCCGGGUGAGUCAGGACAACAUAGAGAAGACAGAACAGCACAAGACUCUGCUGACUCAAAUUAACCUCUUCUACCAUGACGUCAAUCUGGACCUGCACAAGCUGAAACCCAUGUCAAUAGAGGAGGGACAGGUGUAUGUGGUGUACUGGUCAAUGAUGAAGUCGUGGUGUCGGGCUGUGGUGGAGUCAGUUGUCAAAGACUCGGCGUCCUGUAGGGCUCGCUGCCUCCUGGUUGACUAUGGAGAACGACUCGUCAUCACCAAAGAUCAGAUCCGAGUUGCUGUUGAUAAAUUCCUCCAGCUGCCUUUUUGGAUGAGGAAGUUCCACCUGGCAGGACUCAAACCAACAACCCUUCGAGUGUCUUUGUUUGAGGAAAAGGCAGAGUUGGUGCCAUCCACUCAGUGGGACAGCUCAGCUACGCUCUACCUGCACAACCUGUUACAAGCAUCAACUCUGACAGAGGCUGUAUUGUUUGAAACCGAGUCAGACUCAACCUCCAUCAAGCUCUACCUUACUGUUGGAAACAUCAAGAUGUGUGUAAAUGAUGACCUUGUUGCAAAGAAGUUUGCAAGUUAUAGCAAAGGGUCACCUGAAAACACUAGAUUGGACUUGUUGGAUCGCAUUCCCAGCAUCUUAACCCUGACUGUCUCUACACCUUCAAACAAGCUGACAGCAAAAAACCAACCAUCCCCUGUGAUAUCAAAUGGUGCAGUUGUUGGCAGAGCAGAUGAUUGGCUAACAGCGUCAUCUUCAUCUCAGAGCCAACAGCAUGAGCUGAUGACCUUUGAGGGGGACAUCAAACCAAACAUUGCAGAUAAACCGACAAGCAACCGGUCAAGGAGCAGCUCUCACCCUGCUGCUGUAGAUAGUGACUCAUCAGAUGGCACAGACUCAUCUCUGGCUGCAGCUCUGACCAGAAACCUCAGCCUUUUCAAGUUCUGGAAAUUUCUGAAUCCUGGCAGUAUCUUCCAUCAGCCAGCUAAUAGUGUCAGUCAGCAUGAAGAGCUUAGCCAUGGUGAACCUAAAGAGACGAUUGCAGCCUCCGGCACCUGCAUAGGACAGGAAGACAAUCAGCCAGUAACAGUUGAUGAAGAGGUUUUCCAUAUGAGUGGAAAAAGUGAAGAUGCAGAUAUUGACCUAAAUCAUGUAGAAAAUCUGGCAGAUGAAGACACAAGCUCCAGUAGAUCAGUACAGUCAGGACCAACAGAGGCAGAGAUGCCACGGAGGAGUAAAAUGGACCAAACCUGUUCAAGGUUUUUGGAGUGGUUGAAUCCGGAGCCUCUGGAGUCUCAUCCAGAGGCUGGAGACGAUGCUCCUGACUGUCCUCAGGUGGUUCCUAGUGAUCCGAUGAAAAGUGGCAUUUUGGUGCACUCAGCGUUCGCAGUUCAGCCCUGCACCAGUUUGGAAGAUGCGCCUAUCACCGAUGCUCUCCGUUCGGUGCUCCGGAGGAAGCAGUACAGCACUCUGUCUCCAGCUGACCGUUACAGCUGGCCACCUGUGUCUCAAGGACACAACACCAUUGUCAUCUCCCAAGGUGCUGACCAGCCACUCAGCUACCUCGCCCCACUCCUUAGCCACGUCCUGCUGAGCUCCAUCUUCUGCUCCUUCACCUCCAGCACAGGGCCCAUAGUGGUGGUGCUGUGUCCAAAGUGGGAGAAGGUCCAGACAGUGUAUGACCUACUGGAGAAUAUCAAGGGUGCCCAAAUCCUUCAUCCAUUCAGUCUGUUGGUGGGUGUCGGGAAGGACGAGGCCAAGACUGUCAAGAUCCCAAAGAACUGCUUGCUGUUGGUGACCACUCCCUUCAGUUUGGUCCGUCUGCUGUCCUUCCACUGCUUCAUGUUCCUGCGUCUGUGCCACCUGGUGCUGGACGAGGCCGACCAGCUCUUCACUCAUGCUCCAGAUGAGAUGGCAACCAUCUUGCAGCAUUUCCAGAAGGUGACCUCCAGUGAGGGGAAUGUCUCCUGGCCUCAGCAGCUUGUUGCUGUGGCCAAGCAGUGGACAAGUCAGAUGGAGGCAUUGUUAACCAAUUAUAUGCCAUAUCCCUGCAUUGUCAUAACCAUCCCCGAGGAAGCUGCUCUCUAUGGUCACGUUCAGCAGCUCAUCCUCAUGACUCCAGAGAGCAGCAAGAUCUCAGAACUUUUGGGCACACUGGAUUUCAGCCUUGAUGUUUGUCAGAAGACUCUGAUCAUUACCAACUCUGCUCAUGAAGUUGAAAAUGUGUUCAUGGCUGUAAAGAACAAAUCAUUGUUCUGUCUCAAGACUCACGAGGGCUUAACACACCAGUUUGAGUUUGUCAUCCAGGAGUGGAGGAAAAACAUCGGCCGUGGCACUCAUGUUAUUUUGGUAACCACCAAUGAGUGUCUCAAGUGUUUUGGGAUCAAAGAUGCCACUUGCGUCAUCCACUACGGCUUUCCCACUUCUCCCAAGCUGUUUGGCAGCCGACUCCUCUGUUUGUCUGACAACUUCAGAAACUUCUCAGGACGGGUUUUUACCCAGGAUCAAACGGAGAGCUGUCCUAGUGUCAUCAGGUCAGUGCUGCUGAUUUCAGAGAGGAAUGCUUCUCAUGUUGUCGGGGUUCUGCGCUAUCUGGGAAGAACGGACGCUCUGCUGCCCCCUGAGCUGCUGUCCUUCGCUCAGGGUGUCCUUGUGGCACGGGAGGAUCUCAAGAUCAACAGACCUCUUUGCAGCUACCUGAAGAACUUUGGAGUUUGCAGAGACAGCAGUACAUGUUCUGACCGUCACAGGUUCGUUUCCCAGCUCGACCAAUCUGAGCUCCCCGCCUCUGGAGUCAUAGAAGUCGUACCAGUCUCCAUCAAGACAGCGUCUGUCUUCUACGGUCGAAUCGUUACAAAAGACAGUGGUUUUGAUAGCUUGGCAUCAGAGAUGACUUCUUACUAUGCUGAUAAGAAACCAGGAGCUGAAGUGUUGGUGGAGGGAGGCUUGUAUGCCGUGGAAGAGGAUGAUUUCUUCCACAGGGUGAAGAUCCUCUCUGUUCCAGACAGGGGUACCUGCUUGUUUUUCACACUCUUUGUUCGGUUCAUUGAUGUGGGAAAGGAGGAGGAGGUGAAAUCUCACCAGAUCCUUCAGCUGCCAGAGCAGUUCCACGCUCUGCCUGCCCAGGCCGUGGAGAUCAUUGUCUGCUCGGUCAAACCAGUUGAUGCUGAAAUCGACUGGCACCCAAAGGUCACCAGAGCCAUCAGCCAGAAGAUCAAAGGUCUGCAGCACCGGGCCAGAGCUGUUCUCAGUUUGGGAAACACCGUCUUUGUUGAUUCCAUGGUCCGGGUGACUCGGGUACCGGGUAUGAAAACCGUUAUCAACGAAUAUGCCGUCCGGUCAGAGAUCCUGAAUACUGGAAUGGGAGUCGGCAACCCAGAGCAUCUGGACCUUCUGAAGCAGCUUUGCCAGGGAGGUGAGACCAACAACGGCAAAGAGGCGGGUCACAUUACUGGGUUGAAGGACGGAUCAAUGUCUCCAGAGCUCAGGAUCAAAGCCGAGGAAUGCGCUAUGGCCGAAGUCUUCAGGGCAGCAGAGGCCAGAAUGCUUUCUGACCUUCCUCAACUCGAGCCAGUGCCUGACCUUCCUCAACUCGAGCCAGUGCCAGACCUUCCUCAACUCGAGCCAUUAAAUCUAGUGUCUUCAAUGAAGCAGUGCCCAGUCCCAGAAUCAUCACUUUGCCCUGUCUCACUGUGUGAUCAGGAAGUCUUGUCAGAUAUUCAGGCUGCAAAUGAACAGAGGAGUAAUCACACUGGGAAACAACAUUCAUUUGAACAUAUAAGGAAUGGAGAUGGAGAACUUUGUCCCACCACCAGCCUGGCUGCUGGUGAUGAUCAAAACAACAGCCAGCAGGUCACCACUGAAAUAGACAGCGAUGGCUCCACAAAAAGUUUCCAUCCUCAGGUCCGCUGGUACCAGACAUCAGACUCUGUGAUUGCCACAGUGAAGCUGAUGAACCCAGAGAGCCAGCGCUGUGACUUCUCCCCUGACAGAGUCACCUACAGGUCUGUCAGAUGUGGACCACCAGUGAUCAAUCCACUCGUCAUCACAUCCAACAAUCAGUGGAGCUUUUUAUCCAGAGCACUUUACACUGGUGGGAGUGGGUACAUGUUUAGCAUGACUGGCCUUCCUGUGAGUUGCAGAGUGAAUGGUCGGAACUACAGAGCAGACCUGGAGCUUCACGACAGCAUUAAUGCGGGCAGCUCGCACUGGGAAAUGAAGUCCAAUGAGCCCGUCAUUAAACUGGUCAAACGACGACGGGGAUACUGGGAGAAACUUCUUAGAAACAAGAAUAUUUUUGUGAAUUACGAUAUGGAUCACAUUGAACAGGAUGAAGACAAAGCUCCAAACGGUCUGUCGUUUGUGGCGAACACAGGAGAGAAUGACUGGUAUGUAGACUCAGAGACCGACAGUGACUGAUGAUGAAAGGGCAACAAACAUCAUGUUCAGUGCCUUUGUGGGUGUGCACUUUAGGGUUUGUUGAAUUAACCUGAUGCUGUCGCAACCAUCUUCAGUACGUAGCCCUAGAAAACGAUGGAUGGAUGAGUUGUUACUCAGCUAAAAACAAUGCAGCUGUUCCAUAAGUUUGUCUUAAAACCCUUUUUGUUAGCUCAUGUGUUAGUUGAGUCAACCUUAUGGUCAUUUUGGGGGGUGCAGUUUGUGGUUAUGAUGAAUCAUGUUUCAAUUGAUAUUACUUUGUUAAAAUUAAGAAGAGUAAGUCAAGGGGGUUCAUUACCUCAACCAAGGAGUGUGUUCUCACUGCUGUGUAUCAGCAGGAUAACUCAAAUACUACCUAAACAGAUUUUAAGGAGCAGAUCUGAGAAAGUUAUUUUGGGUUAAUAUGCACACGUCGGGCCAUACUGUGUGUGUGUGUGUGUGUGUG